AUGCCCCAGAUGAUCCAGGAAGGGUUCGGCAAACUAGAGAACAAUUACACCAAGACAGAUCCGAUGGCGGUCCGACACCUGAAUCAGACCUACAGCUGUUUGAUCGACUGCUUGGGUGAUCCGCUAUGUGAUAUGAUGCUUCUACUGGCAUUGACAUUCGGUGCUUGCACGGUGACGCCGCACAUCGACGAGCGGGGAAGCGAAUUCUAUCCGGCCAGGAAAAGGAAGGAAUCAGAUAUACUGGCGGCAACGAUGGUUAUACGAAUACUCUGGUUCAAGAUGAAAGAAGCAUUUCUAUGGGAGGAUACUGAUGAGAAAGUGUUAUCCGUCGCUAAGAUGACGCGAGAGAUUGAGAACAUAGGUUUCAACAAUCAUGGGUUGCUGAAGUUUGGGUGGGUGGAAUACAAGAAGAACACUGGUAACUGUCGUCGGACGCCGCAAACAACAGAGAUGCAGCUCAGGUCCAUGGAGGAGCUCUAUGAGGACCGCAAGUGCUUCAUAUCCUUGGUGUUUGGAAGUGACGAUGAGGUUUGGGUGGCUCGGUGUUACUCGAUCAUUCGAGAUAGACGUCUAGCGUGCACGGAUCAGAAUAUGUGCAUUGCGUCGCAUUGUUCGCAGCAACCAUUGUAG